AUGUCUAUCGAAGCUGAGGGCUCGGCUCCCCCGCCGCAAGCCCCCGAGAAGCAGGAAGUCAAGACGGAAAAGAAGGACCAGAGCAAACCCCAGCAGCCUCCCAAGGAUGGCCAACAACAGCAAGCCGCCCCCGCAGGCGAGAAGAAGCUCUCCGGAGCUGAAUUAAAGAAGAGAGCCAAAGAGGAGAAGGCCGCUAGACGCGCCCAGGCCAAGGUCGCCCAAGUGCCACAGGGCCCAGCGCAAGGUGACAAGCAGGCCGGUGGUGAUGGCAAGGGAGGCAAGGCAAAGCCUAAGCAAGACGGACAAAAUCAGCAGCAUGGCGGCGCAAAACUUCCCAUUCGACCAGCAGGUGCGACUGUUGUCAAGGACGACAAGCCUUCGAUACCAGACUGCUUCAGCCAUCUGUCUAUGGCCCGGCGCAUAGACAUGACCCAUGCCGACAAGGACGUUCACCCUGCUGUCUUGGUUCUCGGAGAGCACAUGAGCGCAUUUGCGAUCAGUGACAGCAUCACUCGACUGGAAGCAACUUUAUAUGCUUUCAAGAAGGUCAUCGACUCGUACACAACACCUCCUGGCUCCACUUUCUCCCGCCAUUUCACAUCUCACGUUCUCAACCCUCAGAUCGAGUAUCUCACAGCAUGCCGUCCCAUGUGUUUCUCCAUGGGCAAUGCUAUCCGAUGGCUCAAGCUUCAGAUCAGCAAGAUUGACAUUGAUCUCCCCGACUCUGACGCCAAGAAGCUCCUAUCCGAGUCCAUCGACAAUUACAUUCGUGAACGCAUAACUCUCGCGGACUACGUGAUCGUUGAGACUGCUGCCAACAUGAUUGACGAAGACGAUGUAGUACUCACUUAUGCUCACCACCACCUUGUUGAGCGCACCCUUCUCCAAGCUCGCCAGCUCCAGAAGAAGAACUUCCGCGUUAUCCUUGUCGACGAUCCUUAUGAGCGUGUCGGCAUCGAUCUCGCAAAGAAGCUCUCCGCUGCUGGCAUUCACGUCGCCUACUCUUCCGAUCUCAGUGCUCUGCGAACCCACCUCUCCGAGGCCACCCAAGUUUUGCUUGCCGCCGAAGCCAUCUUUAGCAACGGUGCUAUGUACGCCCGCGCAGGCUCAUGCGACAUUGCUACAGUCGCUACUGACCUUGGUGUCCGUGUCGUCGCUCUGUGCGAGACCAUCAACUUCACUGAGCGUGUGUCUAUUGACUCGCUCACCUACAACGAGAUUGACCCUGAGCGAUCCACUGACGUUGGGUUCCGCUUGCUUUUCGACACUACGCGGGACAAGUACAUCACGGUUGUUGUGACGGAACUGGGCAAUUCUUCGGCUACUUCUGUACCAGCUAUCCUAAGAAAACUAGAGGAGUUGUAG